ACCAGUUGCUGAGCAGCCUUAGUGGAGUGCACACGUGCUCCUCGCUCUCCCCUCGAACCAAGACUCUUGGGACUGUGAACCACUAUAGUGCGAUACGUUUUACCCGUUCGCUGAUAAUGAAUUCAGACAUUGUAUAGGAUAAACUUAUCUUGAGUGAUAUUAUGAACAAAGUGACUCGGUUGAGUUUUUCGUACUGAUAUCCACAUCACACUUUCAAUGAACUUUUACAAACUACAUAUCAUUUUGUUUCGUUUCGUUUCUUUCCUUACAAAGGAGUGACAUGUGAAAUACAUAUCAGAAAAUAAAAUAAAUAAAGAAGAAAUCCCUCAGUUUCUUAAAGAGUUGUAGCCAAUGUGAGGAGACAACGCCUUGACUCCCCACGCUGCCUGCCACCGAUAACACAGGCAGCACGCGUCGUGGCGCAGGGAGGACGGUCCCGCUGCCUCUCAACACAUCACCACAGUGCCUCGUGCCUCGCGCUACCUGCUUGCCGCCUCCUGCACCAUGGCGCGCCUUCCGGCAGGCUGCCGAUCAUACCGUGCUGGGUGUGUGGGCGUGGUUAAGGCUGCGUGAUGGUGACACCCUUCAGCUCUGCUUCACGGGCCCUCAGUACGGAUAACUUGUUGGUCCCGCAGUCGGACCAGCCGGACCAGCCGUCCACCACCAUGCCUCGGCCACUUAUCACGAUGGGCGAGAGUGCCGACAGCGGCGACAGUGUCAUGACCACGUACUUUCCUUCUGCACACGCCUCUCUCAGCCAGAGGUGUGGCACGAGUGGCGCCGACGACGCCGGUGCCACUCGCUCCGUCCCCGACAUAGAACUCCACUCCCGUGAUAUCAGUACGCGGCCGGAGUACCGCGGCUAUCGCCUUCUGGCGCCACAGGUUCGGUGUUCGUGCUCUCACUUGCCGCGGGCGCCGUCCCACGAGAGUGUGCGGUCAGUGCAGGGCGGCGUGAGUGAGGUGGUGGUGGUGGCGCCCACCCUGUAUCGGGAUCGCAUUAUCCGACAACAUUCGCAGCCGGAAACCUGCCUCCAUUGCCACCACCCCAAACCCUCCGGCUCGCUACGAUACCUGCCGCGCCAGGAGUCAUGUGGCACGCAUCCAACCUCAGAGGGCAUCGCCACUAUUGCCGCCGACACACUUCGCAUCAAUGGCGCGCUUAGCUCCUUCAAGCAGCUACGCAAGCCUGUGUCCACCCUAUCCAUCCCUGGGUCGAUGAAGGGGGGCGCAGGCGGCGGAGGCGGGCGCAGCGUGGAGGGCGAGGACUCCGGCAUAGCGCUGGUGGGCGUCCACUCCGAGUAUCCGCGCUACACCGAAGAGAAGGGCGGCUCGGGGGGAGGCAAGAACGCCUCCUUCAAGCUGCGCAACAAGCCUAACGUCGGCUACCGCCUCGGGCGACGCAAGGCGCUCUUCGAGAAGCGGAAGAGGAUAUCAGACUAUGCCCUCGUCAUGGGCAUGGUUGGCAUCAUCGUCAUGGUCAUCGAGAACGAGCUAUCCUCCGCCCACGUUUAUGAUAAGCACUCCUCCGUCUCGCACGCUUUGAAGACCCUGAUUAGCGUGUCAACAGUCAUCCUUCUUGGACUAAUAUGUGCCUACCACGCCCUAGAGGUGCAGUUGUUUAUGAUCGACAACUGUGCUGACGACUGGCGCAUCGCGAUGACGUGGCAGAGGAUAGCGAGGAUAGUGAUGGAGCUGGUCAUCUGUGCCGUCCAUCCCAUCCCGGGCGAGUACUAUUUCUACUGGACCACCAAGCUGUCUAACCAUGGCGGGGUGGAGGGCUCGCAGUGGGUGCCCAUUGACAUCACUCUCUCCCUGCCCAUGUUCCUCCGUUUGUACCUUAUCUGCAGGGUGAUGCUUCUCCACUCCAAGCUCUUCACAGAUGCAUCUUCGAGGAGUAUCGGAGCGCUGAACAGAAUCAACUUCAACACUCGGUUUGUUCUCAAGACGCUGAUGACCAUCUGUCCGGGCACGGUGCUGCUCGUGUUCAUGGUCUCGCUGUGGAUCAUUGCCUCUUGGACUUUGCGUCAGUGUGAGAGGUAUCACGAUGAAGAACAUGCUAAUCUGCUUAACGCUAUGUGGCUCAUCGCUGUCACUAUAUUAUGUGUUGGGUACGGGGAUAUAGUUCCUAACACGUACUGUGGGAGGACCAUCGCUGUGGCUUGUGGAAUCAUGGUAAGUGGCCGACUAUCCCUUGCCUCUUACCUGUCACUGCUCUCUCGCUCUCCCAACAGGUACCAUGACGAAGAACAUGCCAAUUUGUUGAACACCAUGUGGCUUAUAGCGAUCACAUUCUUGUCCGUGGGGUACGGUGAUAUAGUCCCAAAUACUUACUGUGGGAGGGGUAUAGCGGUGACCACAGGCAUCAUGGGGGCCGGAUGCACAGCGCUACUGGUCGCUGUGGUCUCACGUAAAAUGGAACUUAGCCGAGCGGAGAAACAUGUUCACAAUUUUAUGAUGGACACCCAGUUAACGAAAAGGUUAAAAAACUCCGCGGCCAACGUGCUGCGAGAGACGUGGCUCAUCUACAAACACACGAAGCUGGUGAAGAAGGUGAACCACGGCCGCGUCAGAACCCAUCAGCGCAAGUUCCUUCUCGCCAUCUACGCGCUGAGGAAAGUGAAGAUGGACCAAAGGAAGCUCAUGGACAACGCCAACACCAUCACCGACAUGGCCAAGACCCAGAACACCGUGUACGAGUUGGUGUCGGAUAUGAGCGGGCGUCAAGACAUGUUGGACGAGCGAGUCGGUUCCAUGGAGGACCGCCUUGCCUCAAUACAGGAGUCCCUGGAUGCUCUGCCGGACGUGAUGGGUCGCUGUCUACAGAAGCACCAGGAACUGCUGGAUCAGCGGCGCUCAACAGCCCCCUCCUCCAACUCCCUCCAUCCUGACAUGGCGGCGCGGGCCACCGGCUACCCAGCCCUUACGGCUAGUCAGUCUCCGAGAAGUGCAAGUGUUUGGCAGCAGCAACAACAACAGCAGCAGCAACAACAACAACAGCAACAGCAACAAACACAGAGCAAUGUGCCGCCGCCCUUGUACCCCAGGACGGGGUUAAGUCCGACGUUGCCGGGGCUUCCGGCGCCAGCGACUGCUGUAAAUAGUUUGUCAGGGGAGCGGUCGCCAACAGCGCUUAGCGCACAGUCGCUGCCCAAAUCGGAGGCAUGAAGUCAAGCCGUCCAGCUGCGGGCAGCAGCAGAAGUGAGAGUAGCAAGUGACGUUGUUUGUAGGCUACUGCUGGUGUCCGCACUCUGCUCUCUUCAAUACUCGCCAUCACACCAAUAUCACCUUCACACUCUUGCGGUCCACCUUGCGUACUGUCUAUGACGGGGACUUCAUGGCUACUGUGUGGCCAAUUUACCCCAUGCUAUCUUCCCACCCACCUUACGAACCUCCGCUCUUUUCAUAUCACUCAGUGCACAAUGUGAUAUUAGGCAAGCAGUUACGGAGGAAGGACGCCUGAACCGUGUCUAUCGCUAGGUCACCCCUCGGUGCUCUACCAUCAAUAUAACUCCAGCAGAGGCUAACAGCCGCUCUUAGUAGAAAAAUUAGCGUGAAAUAUCUCUAUACACUGUGAUGUUUAGGUUGUUGGUAAAUCACGAAGCCCAACAGAUACUUUAAGAAAAUAUACGGAGUGUCAGUUCUCUCCAGCAAUCACUUCGCCACUGUAGUCGCUACGCAAAUAACACCAGCCGCCACUAUGGGUCACCUCAGUCCCUGGUGGAUGCUGGGGUGUCCGACGAGGUGAAUGAACUGGCAAAAGCCACAGCUCCUCCUGACUACUAGGCAAACAUAGGUUAGUUGAUGGCGUAAGUCCCUGGCGGACAGUCAUCCCUACCUCAGGAGUUACUUUGGCCCAAGAUGUAUCUUCUGCUGGAGGGCAUUAUUGUUGGAAUAACUGAGGAGUAUAGGAGAUUUUUUUUUUUCGGGCGUAAUAACAGAAAAAAAUGAGCCUGAAGUCACUCCUUGACUUUACUUGUCAACUGCCUCGAACUACAAACGGUGGUUGGUUAUUAUCUCGUCUACAACAUGAUAUCCUCUUCUCCCUGAACCGUCGCGGAGACACUGGGCGGCGGUUACCCACACGGCAUGUGUGUGUGUGUGUGUGUGUGUGUGUGUGUGUGUGUGUGUGUGUGUGUGUGUGUCUGUGUGUGUAUGUGUGUGUUCAGAUUCCAAAUGUCUUUGAUAUUUUUUGAAUGAACACUUGCAACACAUUAUGAUAUGAACAUAAAUAUUCUGUAAAUGUUCACAGCAGGACCGACAGGUGAAGAACACCGCCACGUGCGUCCAUAACACAACACUGUGUUCAACCUAUGUACACUACCCAGUGUCGUGCCCGCAGCGAAAUCACCACGUGCGAGCAUUCUUUACAACAGUAAACUUACAAAAUCAAUAAAAAUAUCUAGCGAUAUCUGAAGAUUCUGCUGCUUGUAUGGUCACCUCGCAGGUGGAGACAGACCCGCGGGCACGUGUAACCUGCGAGGCGCAAACAAAUACUCCUCUGAAGGGAUGCCCACGGGUGUCUGAACAACAACUUUCAGAUUAGGGAGAGGAGAGCCUUCUGACGGUGGCGGAGCUCCCGGGCCGCCGCCGCUGUUAACAUAUCAGGCCAGGCCAGGCCGGGCCGGCUGCUGGCUCUGGUGCUUCACGUCCUCACCCUGUCCCUGCGUCCAGGUGCUUCUGUGGCCUACGUAAAGUGCUUUCGUGGGCGAGGUCAGUGAGCGAGCAACUUUACCUCACGGCAAAGAGACAGUUUCUUAACUUGUGUACUACAGAACUCGACAUGAUGCCCACACACAGAUGUACAUGUAUCUCUGUUUCUCAUAAGACAUCAUCACUACUCACAUGAAGAUCGAAAAUUACGGAACAGCGACAGAGCCACAUACUAUAUAAUCUCUGAGGCUUGUGCCAUGUUCCUGCAGUAACCUGUGUGAGUGGUCGUCACACUGUUUUUACUACGGUGGAUUUAGUACAAAUAAGUCAUUCAUUCAUAUAUUAUACAUACAUAUACAAAAAAAAAUAUCUUACCUUCUAGUAUACAACUUGUUAGUAACUGGAAAGUAAAUAUUGAUAUACAAAAUUCUUUUUCGGGAAAAACAACAAUGAUACCUAUAUUUUUAUCAGGGCUCAUUAACGGUGUUUCUUAGUAAUGUGGAAAUAGGAAAUGAUAGCUGACUGGAAAGAAAGGCCAUUUUUCGAGUUUCUUCUUUCCCUAUAAGUCUGUAACCCUCGUCGCCACCUUUAAGUGCUCUGUCUCCCGGAGCUUCGCCGCCGGUGGGCGGCGGUGUCCCCAUGGGAGCUUUGUGAGAACUGACCCGCCGCCGCCUGGGCUGAGGAGCCACUAGGAGCUGCAGUUUUUUCUUCUCGUCAUUAACUCUCGGGCAGGUGUUGACAAGGGUGCUGUGCCUUUAGCUUUCACCAAGGUCAAAUAAUUUUUAUUAAACUUUAUUAUUCCCUUUAUAAAGAAACCACCACUUGUGAAAAUAAAGAUAUAUAUAUACAUAUAACAAAUAUAUGCAUAUAUUUUCAUAUAUGUAUAUAAAUAUAAUGGUAUGCAUAUAUAAUCCUACAAACAAGCUUUGCUGCUGUUGCACUGGGGUGUUGUUUGAUUCUUGUCCUUUCUCUCAGUUAGCUUCCCCGUGUCUCUGACAUUCUGUGUUGUUUUUUCACAUCAUGAAUUUAUGAUGCUUUUCAAGUCCAUAGUAUUCCAUAUGAUAAUUAUAUUAUAGAAUCAAAGUUUUUGCCUAUGUAUCUGCAAAGUUAGGAUAUAGGGACGUUGUCCACACCGGAAAGGUCACAACCAAUGUUACUUAUUUUCAUUAAGAAUAUAAAAGUGAAAAUAUAAAUAAAUAAAUAUAUAUAUAAAUAUAUAUACAUGUAAAAACAAGUCCAGUACCGUAUCUCUUUCUGAAGAUCAUUAAUAUGUAACCGACGCGUACUCUAGGUUUACUUGUUACCAUUGUUAAGUACUACUUUUAUAUGAAAAGAGAAACACAUGAUUUUCUAUACCGACGGGCGGGACAGGGCCGGCUGCCACACACACAGCGCUGCCCUGUAUAUACCGUGGGCGCCGCUGUUCGUCUACAUACCUCUGAUAUAAGUUACUCGAGCGCGCGUAUUUUCUAGGUGAGGUGGCGCUGCCCUCCCCUGCGCCGGCCCUGCGCGCCCGUCGUAUGGCUGGGAUGUUGUAAUGGUUUCCAACACUCGUCUUGCUGCUCUGUUACCUGACGGUGUGACGGGCGGGGCGGUGCAGCUGAUGGAGCCUCACUCACUCACUCACUUACUGACUCACCUUCUCACAUCCCUUCCUCACGACACUCCUUCGUCUUGUCUCCAGGCACCCUUUCCUCACUCUCACUCCUCACACUCACCUCCGUCACAUACAUUUUUUUUUUCACACAUUCACUUUCUCCAAGUAAUUUUUCCUGUACUCACCUUUCCCACCCUCACUUUACCUAACCCACUCACCCGCCUAUCUCAUACCUUCACAUUUCCCACCCAGCCAGUCUCUCUCUCUCUCUCUCUCUCUCUCUCUCUCUCUUUUUGUAUCAUUGUUACAUUUAUAUUUUAUAUGAAUAGAUACCCCUUUUCUGCAGAAACGUAUAAAGAUUGUGUUAAAUUGAUGGUUACUUUGAACUUGUUUAUUAUACUCAAAAUUACAUUCCAAUAGUUGUUUUUGUAACAUGAUCAAUUUCAUGCCACGGGACUUCUCCGAGGUUUGCUCAGGGCAGACUUCAGUUUAUGGAAUGUUACGCUCCCUUUAUUCAGUCAAUGAGUAUUUUAAUAAGUUUAUCCUAUUUUCACUAUCAUCUUACAUUUCUUUGCUUAUUCGUCUAUUUUGAAUAUGCAUUUUUCUGUUAAACUUCUUACUUUUAUCUAUCUUUUCAUUUGAUCGGUUUUGUUUGCUGCAUUCAUUUAUCAAGUAAAUGUAUUAGUCUAUGGUUGAGUUGUUCUCAACUCUCACCCUCCUUUUAAUUCUCCUGUCCCCUCUAAGAAGCUUUCCCAUCAGCUGAUUGCUUACGUCAUCCUGUGUUCUUACAAUGACGUCAUUUUUAACAAUGGCGACACUGACAUUUGACGUGGCAAAUAUAUGUCUCCUUUUGUA